AUGGGACUUGCAUCUGCCUGGUUUGCGCAGUCUGCGGCUAUAACCAAGCCUACGACUAGCAACAUGGAUUUGGAAGCCCGUCAGGCGUCGGGAUACCGCUCCGUUGCAUACUUCGUCAACUGGGCAAUCUAUGCUCGCGGUCAUAACCCUCAAGAUCUGCCGGCCGAUAAGCUCACUCAUGUGCUCUAUUCAUUUGCCAAUGUGCGCCCCGAGAGCGGCGAGGUGUAUCUUUCCGACACAUAUGCCGACCUCGAGAAGCACUAUCCGGAUGACUCAUGGUCCGAGGAUGGCAACAAUGUCUACGGAUGCGUCAAGCAACUGUACCUACAGAAACAGAAGAACCGCAACCUCAAGGUUCUCCUGUCUAUCGGAGGAUGGACCUACUCUAAGAACUUUCCGCAGCCCGCCAGUACCGAGGCUGGACGGAAGAAAUUCGCCGAGUCAUCGGUGAAGCUGUUGCAGGACUUGGGAUUUGAUGGUUUGGAUAUUGACUGGGAGUAUCCCGAGAACGACGACCAGGCCAAUGACUUCGUUCUGCUUCUCAAAGAAGUGAGAUCGGCCCUGGAUGCAUAUAGCCAGGAACAUGCAAAGGGGCAGAAAUUCCUCCUGACCGUGGCUUCUCCUGCGGGUCCCCAAAACUACGAAAAGAUGCAUCUCGCCGAAAUGAACGAACAGCUCGAUUUCUGGAACCUGAUGGCCUAUGACUACGCCGGCAGUUUCUCCGACUUUACCGGCCACCAAGCAAACGGCUACAACGACACCUCGAACCCCAAAAGCACGCCAUUCAACACCCAACAGGCCGUUGACGCCUACAUCGAGGCCGGUGUCCCCGCCGACCGAAUCGUUCUCGGCAUGCCCAUCUACGGUCGCGCAUUCACGGAUACUGACGGCCUCGGCAAGACCUUUAACGGAGUCGGCGAAGGCAGCUGGGAAAACGGUAUCUGGGACUAUAAGGCGCUACCCCAGGCCGGCGCGGAAGAACACAUUGACGAAGACCUCAUCGCAAGCUACAGCUAUGACUCUGCGAAGAAGGUCCUGAUCAGCUAUGACACGCCCAAGGUGGCGCAGUUGAAGACAGAAUAUAUCAAAUCGAAGGGUUUGGGCGGUGGUAUGUGGUGGGAGAGUAGUGCUGAUAAAACUGGCAGUGAGAGUCUGAUUACAACGGUCGUAAAUGGGCUCGGAGGCGCCAGCGCGCUUGAACAAGUCCAGAAUGAAUUGGACUAUCCUGCUUCCGAUUACGAUAACCUGCGCAAGGGAAUGGGGUCGGAUUGA